CUGGAUUCCGUCAAGCAGACAGGAUCGACCUCAGAAGGGAGGGAUGUGAAAAACACGCAGCGCGCAGCCUUAGGAAAAGCGUCUUUUACGCACGGUCUGGAAACAAACAUCCUCGUUUUAGAGCAAGCCGUACUUUAUAAUGCUUCCGAGCCCGGUCAUCACUUCUUCCAGCACGCCCUUUUCUGUGAAGGACAUUUUGAAGUUAGAGCUGCAGCAGCAGUCUCAGCAGCUGCAGCUCAUCUCCUCCUGCCUCGGACUCUCCGGCGCGCUGGCACCGCCGGGGUCCUUCCGCUGUCACUCGCCACCCUCCUGCAUGCUGGCUGGCAGGGACAGUCCGAGCUCCAUCAGCUCCGUGCUGUCGGAGAGCGAAGAGAGGAUGUCCUAUAUCAGCACGAUGACGGCGCACGAGCGGCUUGUGGAGUCCGGCGCGUCGGCGGAGAUGUUCAGCAACCAGGCGCAGAGUAACACAGCAGAGCUGCGGCUGGAGCAGGAAGAACACCAAGAAAGCAAAAGCUGCGUUGCGCUGCGCGCUGACGGCGACGAGGCGGAGGCGGACAGAGCGGCCAGCAAGCAGCAGAGGACCAGGAGGAAACCCCGCGUCCUCUUCUCCCAGGCGCAGGUGUUCGAGCUGGAGCGACGCUUCAAGCAGCAGCGCUACCUGUCCGCCCCGGAGAGAGAACACCUCGCCAGCUCGCUCAAACUCACCUCCACCCAGGUCAAGAUCUGGUUCCAAAACAGGAGGUACAAAUGCAAGAGGCAACGGCAAGACAAGACUUUGGAGAUGGCGGGUCAUCACCAUCACCAUCACCAUCAUCAUCCCCACGCGCCUCCUCCACCGCCGCCGCCGCCGAGGAGAGUGGCCGUGCCGGUGCUGGUGCGCGACGGGAGGCCGUGUCAGAACUAUAACACGUCUUACACUGUCGGAGCUCCAAACCCGUACAGUUACAGCAGCUACCCGGCCUACAGCUACAACAACUCCGUGUACACCAACACUUAUUCUUGUACUUAUUCUCUGUCGCCCAACAACACUUCUGCUAACGCGUUUGUUAAUUUGGGGAACCUCGGUGCGCAGACGCAAACGCAGGCGCCCCAAGGACCAGUGGUCACACCGUGCCAAGGAGCCCUGCAGGGGAUCCGUGCGUGGUAGCGCAGGAGAGACUUCAGCAUGUCACCUAACACUGAGGAAGCAUUUUUCAAACCCCGUGUAACGGAUUAUGGCUGAGGAAACCUCUAAACCCACUGACUCAGACAAACCACACAGUGUUUGCGCAUUAUUUCUGAGCCACAUGUUUUUUUAAUAUUAUAAACCUGCUGUGUAAUGUUGAACUGGUGUAUUACAUGUUACUGAUGAGUAAAGAUGUUCGUGUAGAAACCCGUAAGCUCUGAAUGUGAUAUAUACGCAAAUAAAUAGAAAAAAAAUAAAAAAAAAAAGAAAGUAAACGUAAUGGAUUAACUUGACUUCAUGUAUUAUUGCGAUUCCUAUUAAUUGACAAUAUUAUACAGUACAGUUUUUUUGUAAUCGUU